AUGAAGGCGAUGGUUGUGAGUCCAGUUGGGGGUCGUGUACCACCGAGCCGUGGGGUACUUCACAGUAGUUUGGGUAUAAAUGGUACCCGACGUGACCUGGAAGCUGAGGAGGUCGCAGCAUAUCUCACUAAACUCAGGUCCCUUGUGCCUGAUAUGCCGAGAAAACGUAAAUUAUCAAAACUCGAGGUUAUCCAGAGGGUUAUUGAGUACAUAUGUGAUUUACAAACAACACUCGAAGAGACUAAUAUACAUCAGGAUAAUACGGUUAAGACAACGACGAGACAACCGUUGCAACCACUAUUGAAUGCACCAACAAGCACAAGCUCAUCUACGGCUGCUGUUGCUGAACGGUGA